AUGAAAUCUGCAAUACAACUGCAACCAAUGCAACAAAACUCCUGUUACCACGGAGAGAAUAUUUCUACUGCCGGCAAGGAACAACUCCUCUCGUCCUCAUUUGCUCCUCCACAGGACACUCGGACGACAUCAGUAUUCGGAAAUGCACUACCCACAGAUUCAAUAUCAGACGAAAUGUCAAUGUCAAGUAUGGGCAGUGAAAGACUGGGAAACGAUUUUCUGGUUUCGAAUAUGGCACAGGGAGAUAUGAGUGAGCCACCACCUUUUGAAGAUUUCAAAUAUGACUGGAAUCUACCAGAUUUGUCUAAUUUUCAAAUUUUUGGACAGAACAAUGACUUUGACCAGAACCAGCAGCUUCUAAGUCCCGCGGAGCAUGACUUCAUCUUCGGAUCAUUCCUUCGUCCCCUUGAAGAAAAUCCCAACUUUAUGUUCAAUCCCGAACUCCCAAACGAUUUACCCCAAUUACCACCUUACCUUCCAUCCAAUGAUAUGAACGAUCCACUCUUCUCGCUUGAUAGUCCCUUUGAAAUUGGACAGUCUAGUUCAUCGUCAUCACACCAACCAACAGUUUCAAGCUCGACAAGCCUAUCACCGCGUACUCAGAAUUUAGUGCUAUCGUCGUCGCCAAAACAGAAGAAUGACCAAUUAGCUUCGGGUGAUCCCAUACCUUCAAUUCCGGCUAAACGCAAAUCGGGUGACGACAUUGACAAAUCCUUAGAAUCAUCACGCCGAGCUUCCAACCCACGAUUAAGUCAAAUUCAGACCAAAUCAUUAUCGCGGCGAAGUUCACAAUCCUCUUCGCCAGCAUCCAGUCCCAAGCCAGAAGAUAUAUCUCCAACGAUGGAAAUUUCGUGUUUAUCUAUCGACGGUGAUAACCGUAAUGGUAACUCAUCUAGGGAAGAUCAUCGUUCUUCUGCAGCUAACGACAAACCCACCACUCCUUCAAGUCCAGCUUCAUCUUCCCAUGAAGUGGAACCGAAACGAGAGCCGCAUGAUUCCUCUGAAUUUGAUGAAACUUCUUCCAAUUUUGAUAACGCAAUAGAUAUGAAAGUAGACGGAAAAUUGAUAUCGGCGAAAUCUUCACGAAAACCAUACAAAGAGCUGUUAACAGAAGAAGAGAAGCGCGCAAACCAUAUUGCAUCAGAACAAAAGCGUCGUAAUACAAUUCGUGCCGGUUUCAAAGAACUUACGGAUAUUAUACCCACGCUGAAGAACGUCAACAAUUCUAAAUCAACCAUUUUAUUUAAAGCAGUUGACUAUAUCAAGUAUCUAGAACGACGAAACAGAAAUUUGAAAGAACGCGCCAACAUAUUGGAAACUCGAGUUGAGUUGGAGCUUCGUUCAGGCAAACGUCUCUUCCCUCACCAUUCUCAUUCCCAUUUUGGCCUCAAUUUCCCUCACGCACGAGUGGGCCCGAUGCCAAUGGGCCCUUCAUACGGCAUGCUACCAAACAUGCUCGGGAUAAAUCAUCCUCAACAACAAAUAAUGCCUCAACAAAUGCAGAAUAUGUACUAUAUGGCCGAUUAA